UCUGUGUGCACUGACAGCUGCUAUCCUGGCUCCAGCAGGAAAAAGAAGGAAGGAGAGAAAUUUUGCUGCUAUGACUGUGCUCUGUGUCCAGAUGGGAUGAUCUCCAACAAGAAGGAUAUGGAUGCCUGUGUCAAAUGUCCAGAAGAACAAUAUCCCAACAAGAACCAAACUAAAUGCAUUCCAAAAUUGGUAACAUAUCUCUCUUAUAAAGAAGAUUUGGGGAUCAUCUUAGCUACCUUGGCUAUUUCUUUCUCUUUGACCACAUGUUCAGUACUUGGAAUUUUCAUGAAGUACAAGGAAACUCCCAUAGUGAAAGCCAACAACCGGACCCUCACCUACAUCCUCCUCGUCUCCCUCCUCCUUUGCUUCCUCUGCUCUUUGCUCUUCAUUGGACAACCUGGAAAGGCAACCUGCCUUCUACGUCAAACCACUUUUGGCAUUGUCUUCUCUGUGGCCCUUUCUUCUGUGUUGGCAAAGACCAUCACUGUGGUUGUUGCAUUUAUGGGAACAAAACCAGGAUCCAGGAUAAGGAAAUGGGUGGGGAAAAGACUGGCUAAUUCUAUUGUUCUCUCCUGCUCUUUUAUUCAGGCUGCCAUUUGUACUCUUUGGUUAAGUUCUGCUCCUCCAUUCCCAGGUAGAGAUGUACAUUCAGUGAAGGGUGAAAUCAUACUGGAAUGUAAGGAGGGUUCUGUUUCCAUGCUUUAUUGUGUCUUGAGCUAUAUGGGUUCCCUGGCCAUAAUCAGCUUCAUGGUGGCUUUUCUUGCCAGGAAGUUACCUGACAGCUUCAAUGAGGCCAAAUUCAUCACUUUCAGCAUGUUGGUGUUUUGCAGUGUGUGGUUAUCCUUUAUUCCAACCUACCUGAGCACCAAAGGAAAAUAUAUGGUGGCUGUGGAGAUCUUCUCCAUCUUAUCAUCAAGUGCUGGGUUACUGGGUUGCAUCUUUUCCCCAAAAUGUUACAUCAUUGUGCUGAGGCCUGAGCUGAACAACAGGGAACAACUCACAAGGAAAAUGAAAUGA